AGCGAGGCGCAGCCGUCGGUCCGGCGGAGCUGCAGGGCGCCGCCCCGAGUCAGCGGGCCAGCGGGGUUGGGAGCUGCGCACCCGCCUUCGGGCCAGCCUCACGUCCACGAUAUGUUCGGCGUCUCGUUCCGGGACCCGUCCCUGUUCCUUGCCAUCACCAUCCUUGGGGUAACAGUUCUUCUGUUGGCCCUGAAGAACAUGAACUCAAGGAGAAGACAUCUUAUCACUUUAAAGGACCCUAAUACCAAGUACCCGCUACCCUUGAUUGAGAAAGAGCAAAUCAGCCACAACACCCAGAGGUUCCGUUUUGGACUGCCCUCACCAGAUCAUGUCUUAGGGCUUCCUGUAGGUAACUACGUCCAUCUCUUGGCCAAAAUUGAUGGUGUUCUGGUGGUCCGGGCUUACACGCCUGUGUCCAGUGACGAUGAUCGGGGCUUUGUGGACUUCAUUAUAAAGAUCUACUUCAAAAAUGUACACCCUAGUUAUCCAGAAGGAGGGAAGAUGACUCAGUACUUGGAAAACAUGAAAAUUGGGGACACCAUCCUUUUUCAAGGGCCAUGCGGGCACCUGUUCUAUCAUGGACAAGGGAAAUUUUCAACCAAAGCAUACAAAAUGAGUGAGCCUGAAGAAAAACUGGUCCAUCAACUGGGAAUGAUUGCUGGGGGCACAGGGAUCACACCCAUGCUGCAGCUCAUUCGCCACAUCAUCAAGAACCCCAGUGACAGGACCAGGAUGUCCCUCAUCUUUGCCAACCAGACAGAGGCGGAUAUCUUGAUGAGAAAGGAGCUUGAAGAAAUUGCCAGAACUCACCCAGACCAGUUCAACUUGUGGUACACCCUGGACAGGCCUCCUGCUGGCUGGAAGUACAGCUCAGGCUUCAUCACCGCUGACAUGAUCAAGGAGCACCUCCCUUCUCCUGGGAAGUUCACACUCAUGCUGGUGUGUGGCCCACCUCCCCUGAUCCAGAGAGCCGCUCACCCGAACCUGGAGAACCUGGGUUACACCAAGGACAUGAUUUUCACCUAUUAACACCUCCCCUGCUCUUAGCCAAUGUGCCUAGUCCCUUUCCUCUGUUUCAAUGUGAGUUCCGCUUCGCCAUGUUAAACUGGGAAGUGUUCCAAAGUGUCUCAUAACGCAACCAUGGGCACGCUGG